AUGAACAAAGAUAAAUUUUUAGUAAAAAAUAAAAUAAAUAAAAUAUCAUUUAGUUUAUUAUCUUCAGAAGAAAUUGAAAAAAUAUCGGUGCAUACACUAACUACUAAAGAUCUUUAUGAUGCAACUACAAAGUUGCCAAUGCCAAAUGGGCCUUUAGAUAGAAGACUUGGUAUAAGCAAUAAAAAGGAUACGUGUUUUACGUGUGGAGAAAAUAUAAUUAAUUGUUUAGGGCAUUUUGGAAAUGUAAAACUAGUACUUCCUGUUUUUAAUAUAGGUCUAAUUAAGCAAACUUUAUCUAUUUUAUCUUGUGUGUGUAAGACAUGUGGAAGAUUGCUUCUUUCUGAUAAAAAGAAAAUUUUAUACAAGGAUAUGAUUAGAGAGACAGCAAAUAGAAAUGAUUUGGUGUUGAUACAAAGGAAAAUAGUUUUAGAAUGUAAAAAAAUGACAAAAUGUGUAUUAUGUCACGCUUAUAAUGGAACAAUAAAAAAAGGUACAGGAUUUAAAAUUUUGCACGAAAUUGAAGUUGUAGAAUUGAAAAAUAGCGAUACUAAUAAAUUACGGACAGAAGAAAUAACAGGGUUUGAUUUAGGAGCUACAAGUGAAAAUAAAAAUACAACGAAUUCUAAAGCGAGACGAGAUAAAAAAAAUACUUUUAAGAAGUGCAUAGAUAUAAAUCCGCAAAUGGCACUUAAUAUAUUUUCACUGAUAAAAUCUGAGGAUUACGAAUUUCUUGGUUUAGAGGAUUCUCCUGUAAAAUUUAUCAUUCAAAAUAUUAUCGUUCCGCCGGCGUGCAUAAGACCGAGUGUUGGAAUGGCAGAAAAAGACAGUACAAAUGAAGAUGAUCUUACUAUUAAAAUAUCAGAAAUUAUUCAUACGAAUGAGGUAUUAAAAGAAAGUAUUGAUAGGGGCAAUUCUAUAAAUAUAAUUAAUGAUGAUUGGGAAUCAUUACAACUUCAGUGUGCUUUAAUGGUUAAUUCCGAUUUACCACAAAUAAAUGUGCAAUCACAACCAAUUAAAGGUAUUGUACAAAGAUUAAAAGGCAAAAGUGGAAGAUUUAGAUGUAAUUUAAGUGGUAAACGUGUGGAUUUUAGUGGUAGAACGGUUAUUUCACCAAAUCCUAAUCUUUCUAUUGAUCAAGUAGAUGUACCAGAAUUUAUGGCGAAAAUAUUAACGAUUCCAGAAAAGGUUACCAAAUUUAAUAAAUCAAGAUUGCAAAAUUUAGUUAAAAAUGGACCAAAAAGUUAUCCAGGAGCCAACUAUGUCAUAGGCUCUAAAUAUAAAAAGUUUUUACUUUAUGGUGGUAGAGAUGAAGAAUUAAAUGAAGGUGAUGUAGUGGAAAGACAUUUAGUAAAUGGUGAUGUAGUUUUAUUUAAUAGACAACCUUCUUUACAUAGAAUGAGCAUUAUGUCCCAUUUUGUAAAUAUUCAUAAAAAUAAAACUUUACGAUUUAACGAAUGCGUGUGUGCACCCUAUAAUGCGGAUUUUGACGGCGAUGAAAUGAAUAUUCAUGUACCACAAACAGUAGAAGCUAUUUCGGAGUGUAUUGAAUUAAUGGGUGUAAAAGAAAACAUUGUUACUGCAAGACAUGGAGAGCCUUUGAUUGCGGCCACUCAAGAUUUUAUUACAGCUUUAUAUCUUAUUACUUCAAGAGAUACAUUUUUUAAUCGCCAAAAAUUUGGUCAACUUUUGUCAUGUUUUUGUGAAACAAGAAUAAAAAUAACACCAGCUAUUGUACAACCUAUUGAAUUAUUUACAGGAAAGCAAUUAGUAGAAGCUAUGAUUCAUAGCAGUUUAAAAAAGAAAUCUGAUGUUUUUAAACUUAAUUUAAAAACUAAAAAUAGAUCAUUUACAAAUUUAUGGCAUGUAAAUGACGGGUUUUUUGUUAUUAAAAACGGUAAUUAUAUGUUCGGUCGCAUUGAUAAAAAUAUUGUAGGUGGAGAAUCAAAAUGUAAUAGUUUACUUUAUGAAUUAUUAAAAAUUGAUAAACUAUCUGCAUCUGCAAUGAUGUUUAAUAUAACGAGAAUUGCUUCUCGUUAUUUAGGAGAAGUAGGGUUUAGUAUUGGCCUUGUUGAUGUAUUACCCGGUUCAUUAUUACAGAAAAAGAAGACAGAAGUAGUGCAUAAAGGAUAUGAAAAGUGUAAAGAAAUAAUAAAAGAAAAUGAUGAAAAAAGCAAAGAAACGGCAGAAAUGGAAAUUUCUUUUACAUUAAAUAAAAUUAGGGAGGAGUGUGGGUCAAUUUGUAUAAAUGAACUAAGUUAUUACAAUUCUCCAAUUAUUAUGCAAGCAUGUGGUAGUAAAGGUUCUAAAAUUAAUGUUUCACAAAUGAUAGCCUGUGUAGGACAGCAAAUAAUAAGUGGAAAACGUAUACCGAAUGGUAUGUUAAAUCGUACACUUCCCCAUUUUGCUAAAUUUAGCAUAACACCAGAGUCAAAAGGAUUUGUAGAAAAUUCAUUUUUUACAGGAAUGACACCAACGGAGUUCUUUUUUCACGCUGUAAGUGGUAGGGAAGGUUUGGUUGAUACAGCUGUUAAGACUGCCGAGACGGGAUACACGCAGAGAAGGCUUAUGAAAGCAUUAGAAGAUUUAAAUGUAAAAUAUGAUUAUAGUGUAAGAUCCUCAUUUAAUGAGAUUAUACAAUUUAAAUAUGGUGAUGAUGGUAUUGAUCCAAUUAUUAUGGAAUGUGAUGAUUUUAUAGACCUUGAAAAAGUUUACAUUGCUGUAGAAACAAAAUUGGAAGAAUAUAAAAAUUUAUGUGAAAUUUCUCUACAUUCUCUAGAUACUAUAGAGAAUAUGGUUAUGUCAUAUUGUAAUGAUUUAAGACAAGAUUUAUUUAUUCGGCAAUAUGGUCUUAGUAUUUUAAAUCAGAAUUUUAUUGAUUCUAUAGUAGAUUUUUUUAGAUUAAAAUCUGAUAACAAAAUUUAUUGUGAUGGAAGAUUUAUUAGGAUUUUUUAUACCAGAGAAUUUUUUAAUUUGUUUUUUGAUUUAAUAAAACAAAAAAUUAAAAACUGUUUAAUAGAGCCUGGUACGGCAGUCGGUGCUAUUGCUGGACAGAGUAUUGGUGAACCUGGUACACAGAUGACACUUAAAACGUUUCAUUUUGCCGGUGUAGCUAGUAUGAAUAUUACAUUAGGAGUUCCUAGAUUAAUAGAAAUUAUCAAUGCAGUUGUAAAUAUUAAUACACCCAUUAUAAAUGUAUCCUUAGAUAAAAAUGAUUUACUUAAUGCACAAAUUGUAAAAGGAAGAGUCUUAAAAGUGUUAUUUAAAGACAUUUGUAAUCAUGUCACAGACUCGGUUUGUAAAGAUGGAAUAUUUAUAGAUUUUAAAAUUGACUUAAAUCUUAUAAAUAAAUUACGUUUACAAAUAGAUAUGAAAUCUAUAAAACAGAAUUUAAAUAUAACAGAACAAAUUACUAUUAUAAAUGAAGAUACAUUGCGAGUUAAUUUGAAAAAUAGUAUAAAUCAUGCUAUUUACAAUUUACAAAAAUUAAAAAAGAAGAUUAUGAAUACAAAGAUAAAUGGAUUAUCUUCAGUUAAUAAAGUUUUAAUUCACAAUGACAAAGGAAUGUUUAAAUGUAUAAUUGAAGGAUACGGUUUGCAGUCAAUAUUAGGACUUAAAGGUGUUGAUUAUACAACUACGACUAGUAAUGCUAUUUUAGAGAUUCAAGAAGUAUUAGGAAUCGAGGCUGCUCGUGCGCAUAUUAUUAGUGAGAUUGAAUACGUUGUGGGGAAGCAUGGCAUUAAAAUUGAUCCUAGACAUGUAAUGUUAUUAGCAGAUACAAUGACUUAUAAAGGCGAAGUGCUAGGAAUUACUAGGUUUGGUAUAUCAAAGAUGUCAUGUAGUACACUUAUGUUAGCUUCAUUUGAGCAAACUAGUGAGCAUUUGUUCGAGGCUGCAAUACGAAGUCGAUCUGAUGAAGUUAAGGGGGUGAGCGAAUCUAUAAUAUUAGGUAAGAAUAUAGGAAUAGGGACAGGAGAAGUUCAAUUAUUUUGGAAUGACAACAAAUUGUGA